UCAUGAUUUGUUUGUUUGUUUAACGGUAAAACGAUCACAAAUUUGUCUCGUGCGCCGCAGUGACGCACGCGGUCUUGUCGUCGUCGUGGCGGGGGGAACAGGAAGAUAAGAAACGUGAGAUAGAGAGAGAGAGAGAGAGAGAGAGAGACCGCAAAGGCCGAGCGACGGUAAAGCGCCGGAUUAACGCUGCUGCCAGAUGACAUGGAGUCAUACUUAAUACCGUAAUCCCAUCAGCAGGAUAUUGGUAUUUAUGAAUUGUCGGUAAAGGUAUGACGACGAACACUGUGACAGGCAGGCUGAUCAGAAAGCAUGGUGCUCAGGCUCAAUGGCAAGAGUGGACAACAGAGUCACAAGAUGGUGAUCUUUGCUGCCAUCUUCAUCCUGAUGACACUCUUCUUCCUGUAUGGCUCCAACAAUGGCAGCAGUGACGUCUACACCCCCAUCCACAUUACUGCAAAUCACCCUCUCAUAACAACAGACUUGAAAAAGUGGGCUGGGAAAGAAGGUUACACGACAUUUCAAGGAAACAAGAGUAUGACCCUGCACUGUCACAGCUGCGCGCUGGUGACGAGUUCCAGCCACGUCCUGGGGAGUCAAGCGGGAGAAGAGAUCGACCACGCGGAGUGUGUGAUACGCAUGAAUGAUGCCCCCACUUUGGGGUAUGAGAGCGACGUGGGCACGCGGACUUCCCUCAGGGUCGUAGCUCACUCCAGUGUGUUCAGGGUGGUGCGGAGGCCAAACGAGUUCUUACACCGCACAGACAACAACCCCAUGAUGAUAUUCUGGGGACCCCCGAGCAAGAUUGGAACUAUGUUCAGACUGAUCCAGAGAGUCAGCAUGACCUACAAGAACAUGUCUUUUUUCAGUAUCAAUCAAAACAAGAUGCGCAAAUUUGACAGUCUCUUUUACCGCGAGACGGGACGAGACAGACAAAAAUCUCACUCGUGGUUGAGCACAGGCUGGUUCACCAUGGUCAUAGCCAUCGAGACAUGUGAUAACAUCAAGGUGUAUGGGAUGGUUCCCCCCAGCUACUGUGGACAAAAACAUGUAUCCAAGAAGAUGCCAUACCACUACUACAAACCCAGGGGGUCGGAUGAAUGUUUGACAUACCUGCAGAGCGAGGGCGGCCGCAGAGGAAACUACCAUCGCUUCAUUACAGAGAAACAGGUGUUUGCACGCUGGGCAAAGCAGUACAACAUCACCUUCACUCACCCCGACUGGUGAAAAAAAAAAGACUGAAAGCCUGCACUCAGUGGCCCGGAUGAGUAUUAUAGGCUGGAUUUCAUUUUCAAUCUUGCCCCGACUGGGUCUUGAAAUAUCCAAAUGGUGAAGAUAAAUGGCAGCUUUUGCUAAGAAAACAAAUAUUAUUUGAUCAAAUGACUGAGUAGACAUAAGGAAACAUUUUCCUCAUGCACAAACUCACCUAUGAGAGCUCUCUGAAGUCCUCAGUGUAUCAGUAUUUAUGUAAAUAAGGAGACAAAUCAAGCUAAGAAUUGGUUUGUACGAGUUUCUAUUUUGUUAUGUAUUGAAAAAUGCACCGUUUUCCAUGUUUAAAGCAGAUGUAUCCGAAUAAGUGGCUCACCGAAUAUACCGUAUAUAUAAUAUGUAUGUGUAUGUAUAUAUAUAUCUCUUGUCUAUUAUACAGAGAACUUAUUCUAUAGUUUACACUGCAGUGAUAUUCAGGAGAUUUCUAAGUCAGUCUACAUAGGAGCCUUAUAAGCAAUUUGGCCAAGAGUUAGAACAAUUCCUAAAACCAAAAAAACAUCCACACAUAUUCUAAUUGAAACAGAAAACCAAACAUAACCUUAAAUAAAACAACAAAAUCAAAACGCUGUAUUAAUGUAUUAAAUACUGUACUUGUGCAGUGUGAUCAAAGCGCCAAUGCUGGUUUUAUGAUGCUUUAGGUUUUUAAAAUAUAUAUAUAUAUACACAGAUUUAUUUAUUUAUUUUGUGGGACAAACUCCAAAAACGAAUGCAGCUUAAGGUCCAGCCCAUGUGACAGAUGUCAAUAAUAGGCGAUGACAAAAACCAUGAGGAUAAAAACACAGGUAUAUUUUACUUUAGGUCAGGUUUAGAAUUGUUGCCUCACAGCAACAAAGAAGUUAAGCGCUUUAGAUCCCAGUCACACCAACAACCUGAAAUUGAAAUCUACCCCUUAUCGGCCGCAUCGACAGUCGGUGGAAGUGUCUUCGGCUGAGGGACUUUGCAUGUUUCAUGUGUGUGCGAGGCUUGUCUUUGGCUACUCCUCUCACAGUCAAAAGACAUGCACAUCUGGGGAUCAGGCAAAACUAAAGCAAUCAUAGCUGAGUGCAAAAGUGAAUGGUUAUCACUCUCCUGUGAUAAACCCGUCACGGUGAACUCGCUCUCAUCCAAUUUCAGCAGGAAUCGGCUCCAGCCGCCCCACGAACCUCGAGGACAAAAUGGUUGAAAAUGAAUAAACUCAUAUCUGAUUUUUGUCAAUCUCUCCUCAGAAAGAUUCAGAUUCCAGAAGUGAUAUGCCAUCACUUUUAUUGUGUAGAUAUUUUUUGUGUUGGUGCGCUAGAACACAAAGUAAGAAGUAAGAAGACGAACACUGAAACGGUGCCUCAUAAUUGAAACGUCAGUGGAAUUCCAGAGCAUGAAAGCUUUGCGCGAUUCAACUACCAGUCAAACUACAGCUUUAAAGUAGAAACGUGAAGGUAAUUCUUAAUCUGCGUUUCCUCUAGCAAUCAAUUAAGCCCUCAGAUAUAUCCGACUGCAGUAUUUCCUUUAGUUUUGAGUGUAUUGGUCAACAAUAAACAGAAAAGAACA